AUGCUACGUAUAAGCAGAAUUCCUCGCGUGGUUUCCCAUGUGCCCUUUGCUCAAAUCAGAAUUAGAAGCUAUGCAAAGGCAUCGCCUUUAGGUGUAGACCAAUCUGUGGAAAAUAACUUACAAACGGAAACAAAUAGAUUGUCCAAGACUUUAACAAAAUUCUGGGAACAGGUCAGUUUGGAAGAAACCGAUGAUAGUGUCACGGUUAAACUGGAUUCGAAACCAUUGCGUACUCCAUUGGGCCAUCCUCUAAGCUUACCACCAUCUCGUAAACUUUUAUCUGUCAUGCUUUUGAAUGAAUGGAGCAAUCUCCCCAGUCUUUCCAUCAAACCACAUGUGCUACCAUUGACAUCUCUAGUGUCGCGUUGUAUCGACUUGGAAAUGACCAAUAAGCCCGGUGCGGACCCAGAACUUGUCGCCAAGAUCGGUGGUAACAGAGAAAAACUGACUCAAGAUUUAUUAAGAUACCUCGACACAGACACGUUGCUAGUGUUUUCGCCAGCUAAAGAAUACGAAGGGGCGCUAAGAAAGGCUCAGAAUGAAAUGUACAUACCAUUCAUCGCUGGUGUUGAGAAGUUCUUGACGAAGUUCAGCACUGAUGGAAAGCCUGUGAAGCUUCAAAUAUUAGAUGCCGAUCUGCAUGGUCUAAGAGGAAAUGCUCAAAAAGAGGAAACCGCACGUGCAGCUAAAGCUUACCUAGAUUCACUUUCACUAUGGGAUCUAGCCAUAUUCGAAAAGACUGUUUUGACUACCAAGUCUUUCAUUUGUGGACUUCUCUUGCUGUUGAACAAGUCCGGAAACGUUACCGAUAUUCCUGAAUUAAAAUGCUCCAUGGAAGAUAUCGCCAGAGCUGCGACCUUGGAAACUAUCUACCAGGUUGAAAGAUGGGGGGAAGUUGAAGAUACACACGAUGUUGACAAGCGUGAUGUUAGAAGAAAUAUUCAUGCUGCAGCCAUUGUUGCAUACGAGAUUCCAUCCAAAUCUAAAUAA